AUGUCUACAACAAAUAUUAGUUUCAUAGCUGACUUGGAUGUAACAAGGGAUGAUUUGAGUAUCAAGGUUCGUGUCAUAAACCAUUGGAAGCAAAUGUCUUUCUACAACAAGAAUGAAAUAUGGUCCAUUGAAUUAAUCUUGGUCGAUGAACAAGGGAGAAAAAUACAAGCAUCGGUCCCUAAAAAAUUCCUCUAUCGAUUCAAAAAAAUUUUAAAAGACGGGAAGUCAUAUUACAUCACAUCUCCAAGCUUUGCAUCUCUGAAGCCUAAUACUUUUAGGUUACAAAGGGAUGAUCGUCUAGAUUCCUCUUCACAUACUUUUUCACUUAUUCCUGCCAACCAAGUUUCUGAAUAUGAUGACUUCAUGGUUAAAAAUAAGCUCAAGACUAUUUCUGAAGUUUGGGAACCAGUGGAGAUAUGUACAUUUAUUCUUGUGGGCACUAUAAAAGGAAUAUUACAAAAUGAAAAAUGGUUCUAUCAAGCGUGUACAAACUGCAGUAGCAAAGCAGUCCCUAACAAUGAUCAAGUAGAUGGAACAGCUAAAUCUUAUGAAUGUCAUAACGUAGAUUGCACAAAAACUACAACUUCUGUGGUUCCAAGAUAUAAGAUUCCGAUCCGUGUUCAAGAUAACACCGGCACUAUCACCUUAACUCUGUUUGAAAGAGAAGGAAGGUAUUUGUUGAAGAAAUCAGCCAAAGAGUUUUUUAACACCGUAGCCAAGAAGGGAGACAAUGUUGAUUUGUACCCAAUGGAGAUGAAUGCAUUGAAAGGUUUGAAAUUUGCCUUUAAGAUUUCUUCAAAUAGAUUCAGUGUGUCCAAAAAAACCAACCAAUAUGGUAUUGUUAGAAUUUCUGAUGAUGAGAGUUUAAUCGAACAACUUGAAGAUAGAUUUAAUUCUUCUCAAGCAGAUAAUUCACAGUCAUUAGAUGUUAAUUCAUCUGAUUUUCAAUCUCUUGACAACAAGACUUUAAAGGAUGCAAUUUCUGCUACGGAUGAUAACAUAACUCCCAACACUUUGGACAAAAACUCGGCAACAAGUCCACUGAAGAUUUCAACAACACCAGUUUUAAAGAGAAAUCUGCAAGAAGUUUUUGAUUUGGAGUCUAAUGAAAAUUUUUCAUCGUCAAAAACUCCAAAGACAUCCCCAGAUGGUCCAACAAAAGAAUUGUUGAAGGUAAAGGUGGAAAAGAAUGUCUGA